AUGCUAUCACUGUCCCACCACCACCCACCUUCCCCCCAACCAAACAACCACCACCAAAUGUCAACCAUACCCCAAACCCACCACCACUCAAAUCUCAACCCCCCUUAUCCCACAUAAAAACACCACCUCCCUAACAAACUCUCAACUCAAACCCUAACCCUAAAAUGGCAACUCCUCCACCUCCAGCCACCACCUCCGCCGGCAAGAAACCCCAACCGAUCCCUUGGACCCACCAAGAGACGGUGAACCUCAUCCGCGCGUACCAAGAGAAAUGGUACUCCCUCAAACGCGGCCCUCUCCGCUCCAACAAGUGGGAAGAGGUCGCCGUCGUUGUCGCCGCGCGAUGCGGCUACGACUUCGCCCACCCUUCUAAGUCCGCCCUCCAGUGCCGCCAUAAGAUCGAGAAGCUCCGCCAGCGCCACCGCGCUGAGAAACACCGCCCUGCCACCCGCCCCUGGCAGUAUUUCUCCCUCAUGGAUGACCUCGAGCGUGGUCCGCUCCCUAUCUCCGCUCAUCCCCUCGCGUCUUUGCCCCCUGGCGUCGAUGAAGAUGAAGAAGAUGAUGAAAUUGAACAUGGUGGUGAAGGUGAUGUUCAUGAUCAUGAUGAUAGGGUUAACUAUAUGAAAUCUAAGAGUGUGAAUUAUAUUCUUAAACAGAGAUCCGCACCAUCUGCAAUCAAUGCAACCAAGAAUCGAGCCGCGUUUAAUGUUUGGGAUGAUGAACAUGAUGAUGGUGAUGAUGAUGAGGUUGAGGAGGAGGAGGAGGAGGAAGAGGAAGAUGAAGGAUUGGGAAUGAGUGAGAGUGGGUUGGUUUUAGGGUUAACUGAAGAGAUUAAAGCUUUCGGGGAGCGAUUUAUUGGAUUGGAGAAUUUGAAGAUGGAGAUGAUGAAGGAAACUGAGAGGUUUAGGUUUGAGAUGGAGAAGAAGAGGAUGAGGAUGAUUCUCGAAUCGCAGCGCCGGGUUGUUGAUUCCAUUGGCAGGGCUUUUGGUUCUUCUUCUUCUUCAAAGAGGAUGAAGAUUACUCGCCCGAUUUGAAGGUUGUUUCGACUCCUUCUACUACCUGUUAAAUUUUGUCUAAUGUUAUAGGGUUUAUUUAUUUAAUGUUUUGAACUUGAAGCUUACUAUGCUAUUGUUGAAUUGUUUUGUAAUGUAGAGUUGUUUUCUCCCUAUCAUUUGAUGAAAGCUUUGUACCAUAUUUUCAUAUUUACAAUAGCAUGGUGGAUUUGCCUGUAGAAUGUGAAAUAUGAUCAAAAUAAAUGGAUUCUGGUUGCUUUCUAAUGCAAUAAA